AUGACGGCUGGACUGCUGAGUCAACGUCUCCGCUCGGCGGGUGGCCCCGUGUCGGCGUCGUCAGGUCGAUCGAGGACCAAGGAAGUUGGUGUUCCGGUAGCCAGGGAUGGAGGUCGCGAAGGAGUACGAAGCAUUGGGCAAGACGUUGAAGACGGUUGGGUGGUGUUGGCGGAGUGUUUACUGAUUGUGAAUUUGGUUACGAAGUACUACCCAUCAGCGAACUUGAACUACCGAGCUCAACAACCUCGGGGCUCAUCCUCUCGCUCAUCGACGAGCAAGGACAUGCACACGCCAGCGGAGGACGCUGAGAAGACACUCAACAUCGCGGAGUAG